CGCCCGGCCCUGCCCCUCGAAGUGAAUUUAGGAGGUGAUGACCGUGAGCCCUGAGCGUGGCUGACUAGAUUAACGCAGCUCUGGUAGCCAAACAUGGGCGGCCCUCCGCGGGGGCCCGUGCGGUAGUUUAAUCGGAGUGUCUUCAGAGGGAAGGAUCCUAGGAACCUUUAGCCUCGCGCCCACUGGCUCCCUUAGCGCGGUGAUGGCGGUGCGAGUGCUUCAGUCCCUGGAAAGCGACGCCCUUUCUGGUUCGUGCGACAGUGUCUUGUGAAUGGGAUCAGAAACUGAGGCCGCUCAGGUUCAGCGUCAUCUCCUUCGAAAAAACGCGGCUCCUGCUCACGGGAAACAAUGACCCCACUUGUCUGACAGUUGAUUACCGCUUCCAGUGCAGGCCGUUGUUGUGUGUUUUUAAGUCACCCCUUUCUGGGACCCCGAAAAUUGUGGAGUGUUCUCCCCAGGGUUUCUCAGUCAAUUCGUGUUCGAAGGGUACUUUUCCUAAACUAAACCGAUUUAUUGUAAUAGUUGGCUCAUUUUGGUUUGAAUUAGAGUUCGACGUAUGAGACAAUCCUGAGCAGGGAAAGUAAGCGCCCUAAACGUAGGAACUAUGACUUGGUCGUCUUUGUGACCUUUACUCACAUAACAGACAGGAUUUUUGGUAGUGUCACCAUCUGGUAAAUGUUUGGUGAGUUGAACCUAGUGUCGUAAAGAACUAUUCUAGAACCACUGACUCAGUGUCUUGAACUAUUCUAGAACCACUAAACAGAACCUCAUUCUUUUUCUUUGGAAGCUAUCUGAGGUGUGAAAACCCACCUGAGAAAACGUAUCUGAGAAAACUCUGUGUCUGCGAUAUCAGCACGGACACCUCAGGUUAUUUAGGGAUGGAGACAGAACAGCAGUGUUAAGUGUAUUACCGUCAAUUUCUGAGAUGGCUUCAUUGCAAAGGAAAGGGGUGCAGGCAAGGAUCCUCAGCUCUGAAGAAGAGGAGAAACUAAAAAGAGACCAAGGUUUGGUGUCUGAUUUUAAACAGCAAAAACUGGAAAAAGAAGCUCAGAAGAACUGGGACCUUUUUUACAAAAGAAAUAGCACUAACUUCUUCAAAGAUAGACACUGGACCACCAGAGAGUUUGAGGAGCUAAGAUCAUGUAGGGAGUUUGAAGAUCAAAAGUUAACAGUGUUAGAAGCUGGCUGUGGGGUUGGAAACUGUUUAUUUCCGCUUUUAGAGGAAGAUGUGAAUAUCUUUGCCUAUGCCUGUGAUUUUUCUCCAAGAGCAGUUGAAUAUGUUAAGCAAAAUCCUUUGUAUAACACAGAAAGAUGCAAGGUAUUCCAGUGUGAUCUGACUAAAGAUGACCUCCUAGAUCAUGUACCGCCAGAGUCAGUAGAUGUUGUCAUGUUGAUAUUUGUACUCUCAGCUGUUCACCCUGAGAAGAUGCAUCUUGUCCUACAAAAUGUGUACAAGGUAUUAAAACCCGGCAAAAGUGUUUUGUUUCGUGACUAUGGGAUAUAUGAUCAUGCCAUGCUUAGGUUUAAAGCUGGCAGCAAACUUGGAGAAAACUUUUAUGUCAGACAAGAUGGGACUAGAUCAUAUUUUUUUACUGAUGAAUUCCUGGCUCAGCUUUUUACAGACACAGGAUAUGCGGAAGUGAUAAACAAGUAUGUGUUUCGAGAAACAGUGAAUAAAAAAGAAGACUUGUGUGUGCCUAGAGUUUUCCUUCAGAGCAAAUUUCAAAAGCCUACCAAGAACCCAGCUCCUGUGACCCUGGACUCAGGUCAUAAAUCCUGACUCUUCAUUUUCAUAAGGUUGGCAUUUGUGCCUCCCCUUGAAAAAGAAAGCUUAAAAUCACUCUUUUUAGUUUAUAUUUUUAUAUUUUGAUUUUUAAAACAAGCAUAUGCAGUAAUCCCUAGUAUCCAUGGUUUUAAUUAUCUGUGCUCAACUGUGGUAAUUAUUACUAAUGUAUUUUAAGAGAGA